AUGGUAAAAUCAUACUUAAAAUUCGAGCACUCGAAUACUUUCGGGCUCGUCGCCUCGGCGUCGUCCAAUGCGAUUUGGACCAAAGACGAGCAAACUCGGCAGACGGGCGCCGGCCGAGCCAUUGUGGGCGCAAGUGAAGAAGUUCUCUGCUGGGAUGUGAAAAAGGGAGAAUUACUGGGCAGAUGGCGCGACUCGGCGUGCAGGGCGCAAGUAACUGUGGUGACGCACAGCAAGACAGAUGAAGAUAUCUUUGCCGUCGGAUACGACGAUGGCAGCAUUCGUGUUUGGGAUUCGAGAACAGGCACUAUAAUCAUCUCCUUCAAUGGCCAUAAGUCUGCCGUCACCCAGCUCGCCUUUGACAACGCCGGUGUGCGACUUGCGAGUGGCGCAAGAGACACAGAUAUCAUCAUCUGGGACCUGAUCGCGGAAGUCGGCCUGUUCAGAUUGCGUGGCCAUACUGACCAGAUCACCUCGUUGCAUUUCUUGUUUCCCACUCCCGAGCUGCUGCAGGCUUCGGGGUUAGGCGACCAUUCGGGGUUCUUGUUGACUACCGGAAAAGAUUCGUUGAUCAAAGUCUGGGAUCUCGCCUCGCAGCACUGCAUCGAAACACAUGUUGCGCAAAGCAAUGGCGAAUGUUGGAGUUUGGGUCUUUCACCGGACCAGGGCGGUUGUAUUACUGCGGGUAAUGACGGGGAGCUCAAGGUCUGGUCUAUCGAUGAGGCUGCUAUGGUUGAGAUCUCAAAGGAAAAGGUCGGUGCGGAAGAUCGCAAAAUCCUGACAGACCGAGGGACCUUCUACCGGCAUGGCAAAGAUCGCACGAUUGGGAUCCGAUUCCACCCCCGGUCCGACUACGUGGGAGUCCAUGGCUCAGAAAAGUCCGUUGAGAUUUGGCGGAUUCGAUCGCAGUCAGAAGUACAGAAAAGUAUGGCUCGGAAGCGGAAGAGAAGAAAGGAAAAGGAAGCACAGCGGACGCCUGAAGAAAAAGGAGCGGACGACAAGGAAAAUCCCGAUGAUAUUUCCUCUGCUCCAGUCACGGAGGUUUUCGUUCUCCAUGUCAUCGUUCGCACCGGUGGGAAGAUCCGAUCCUUUGACUGGAUGACUACCAAGUCCAGUGGCCUCAACCUCCUUGCCGCAACGACUAAUAAUCAGCUUGAAUCUUACAACGUCGUUACGGCCAGCAAAAAGACCAAGGAUGAUGAUGAAUCUGACUACAACCGGAAUCUUGCCGUGGAAAUCCCCGGCCAUCGAACUGAUAUACGGUCAAUUGCCUUGAGCUCGGAUGACCGAAUGCUGGCCUCCGCAUCCAACGGCAGCCUCAAGAUCUGGAACGUCCGCACAGAAACCUGUCUACGUACUUUGGAAUGCGGCUACUCACUGUGCUCUGCCUUCCUUCCGGGUGACAAGAUUGUGGUGGUUGGAAACAAGAAUGGUGAACUGGAAGUGUUUGACAUCGCCUCCUCGACGCUGCUCGAUACCAUCAAGGCCCACGAUGGCCCGGUCUGGUCCCUGCAUGUGCAUCCGGAUGGCAAGUCGAUGGUCAGUGGGAGCGCGGACAAGUCGGCCAAAUUUUGGAAUUUCCAGGUCGUUCAAGAGGAGAUUCCUGGCACGAAACGCACCACGCCGCGUCUCAAGUUGACGCACACCAGAACAUUGAAGGUCAGCGAUGAUAUUCUCAGUCUUCGCUUCUCCCCUGAUGCGCGACUACUAGCCGUCUCCUUACUUGACAAUACUGUCAAAGUCUUCUUCACCGACUCCCUUAAGCUAUUCCUGAACCUCUAUGGUCACAAACUUCCAGUCUUGAGCAUGGACAUUUCUUACGAUAGCAAACUUAUUGUCACUUGCUCAGCCGACAAGACAGUUCGAUUGUGGGGCUUGGACUUUGGUGACUGCCACAAGGCCUUUUUGGCGCACGAGGACAGCAUCAUGGCGGUAGCAUUUGUUCCCACCAACAAAGAAGGCAACGGUCACAAUUUCUUCAGUGCAAGCAAGGACCGCGUCAUCAAGUACUGGGACGGAGACAAGUUUGAGCAAGUCCAGAGGCUGGUGGGCCACCACGGUGAGAUCUGGGCGCUGGCGAUGAGUCGCUCCGGCGAGUUCAUUGUGAGUGCCAGUCACGACAAGAGCAUCCGCAUCUGGCAGCAGACAGACGAGCCACUCUUCCUGGAGGAAGAACGGGAGAAGGAGAUGGAAGAAGAUUACGACAACACGCUCACCGCGUCUCUGGAGCAGGAUGAGGAUGGCGAGGACGGGGAGAAGCCCGAAGCUGUCGACGCGGGCAAGCAGACCACCGGCACGCUUAUGGAUGGAGAGAAAAUCAUGGAAGCGCUCGAUCUGGGCAUUGAGGAUCUCGAGGUUGUGCGCGAAUGGCGCACGGUCAAGGCCGCCAACCCUAACGCGGCCGCCCCGGAUCGCAAUCCCGUUUAUCUAGCACUGGGCAAUGUCUCCGCUGAACAGCAUGUUCUGAAUGUCGUCCAGAAGAUCCCCGCUGCAGCGCUGCAAGAUGCGCUCUUGGUUCUCUCGUUCUCCAAACUCUCUGCCCUCUUUACCUUCCUCAACAUCUGGGCCGAGCGCGAGUGGAAUGUGCCUCUCACCUGCCGCAUCUUAUUUUUCAUGCUCAAGACGCACCACCGACAAAUUGUUUCCAGCAAAAUCAUGCGCCCUAUGCUCGACAGUAUCCGGGCGUCCUUGCGUCGGGUCUUGGCCCGUCAAAAGGACGAGAUGGGAUUCAACCUGUCCGCGCUGCAGUUUAUCGGCAACCAGGUCCGCGAGCAGAGCACCACGGACUACGUCGACGAGGAAACCUGGGAGGAGCAGCAGACGCAGAAGGGAACUGGCAAGAAGCGACAGUUUGUCAGCGUUGCUUAG